AUGGUAUGGACUUUUGAUCAGUGGAUCGAAAAAAAAUCAAGGUAUCCAUGGUUAUUUUGUUCAAAACAAAAAAUUGGCUGUGAAUAUUGCAAAGAAAUUGGUACGUUAAAGACAGUUAAGAAGAGAGGUGUUGAAAUUAGUAAAGAAUGGAGUAUGUGUACAGUUGAUGAAGGCAAUCAUCUAAAAAAACAAACUAGGUUGGCUAACUUAAGAAAUAAAGUAAAAAAACAUUCAGACUCAUUCGCUCAUCAACAUGCUUAUGAAAUAAAAAAAGAAAAAGAAUCUGAAAAAAUUGUAAAAAAUUUUGAGGCAAAGUUACAUAAAAACCAUGUUAAUACUGAAUAUAUUUUCCGAACUGCAUAUUACAUCGCUAAAUAUAAUAGGCCAUUUGACGAUCAUUUUAAAUUAAUUGAACUUCAAAAAGCUAAUGGAAUUUCUUUAGGAUCAAUUUUACAUUCUAGAUACUCUGCUACUACAAUUAUAGAUCAUAUUGCUACUAAAAUGAGAGAGCAGUUAGUUAAGAAUAUUAUCGAUUGUAGCGCCAAAUUGUCAGUACUUAUUGACGAAUCCACAACUUUGAGUUCAAAGACAAGCAUGGUUGUUUAUAUUAAAUCUGCAAUAUCUAAUGAUGAUCCUAUUUUUAUGUUUUUGGAUCUCGUUGAGCUUGAUAAUCAAUUAGCUGUUAAUAUUGUUGAUAAACUACUAGCUUGCCUUCAUAAAUGUGGCUUUGAUGAAACAUUUCUUCAAAAAAACUGGGUGUCAUUUGUCAGUGAUGGGGCCAGUGUUCUCCUAGGUAAAAAAAAUGGAGUAGCCAAACGCCUUAAAGAUAAAUAUCCAUUGAUAUUUAGUUGGCAUUGUAUGAACCACAGACUAGAGUUAGCUGUCAAUGAUUCAGUAAAAGAUGUAACUGCCACAAAUCAUUUUAAAGCAUUUUUGGAUAGUCUUUAUGCUUUAUACAACAGAUCACCAAAAAAUCAAAACGAACUUAAAACGAUAUGUACUGAACUAGAUAUGAUAUUUUUAAAAGUUGGCAGGGUGCUGGAUGUAAGAUGGGUGGCUAGCAGCUAUAGAGCAGUUCAAGCAAUUUGGAAAAUAUUUCCAGCUUUAUAUAACCACUUAUAUAAUGCUUCAAAUGACACAACUAAAGAUAAAAAAACUCAGUCCAAGUAUACUGGUUUAUAUAAAAAAUUAGGAAGUCCACAAUUUGUUUUAGAUUUGGCACUUAUGUGUGAUAUUCUCAAGGAAUUGUCUUAUUUAUCUAAUCAAUUGCAGAGUCAUACAGUUACAUUAUUACAAGCAGAUCAAUUAAUUAAAUCAAAUAAUUAUGCUUUUCAAAACAAUCAGUUUGACCAAUAA